UGCUCCUGGAGGUGGGGGGAGAGGGUCCAGCUGCAGGAAGAACUCUGAUUAGUUUUACAGCCUAACCUGGGGCAACCGAAUCAGGGAGCGUCACCAUGGAGACGGGGCCGGCCUGCGAGCCGAGCUGCCAUUGGCUGGCGGCCGGCCGGCUGGGGAUAUAAGGCAGCGCCCGGCGCGCCCCGCUCUAACCGUGUGGACCAGCCCAGCCCGCGCCGCGCAGCUGCCCGAGCCGAGCCGAGCCACCAUGGAGAACCGAUUCACAUAUGAAGAUUAUGAGAACACUGCAGAAUGGCUUCUGACUCACACUAAGCACCGACCUCACGUGGCAGUGAUCUGCGGUUCUGGCUUAGGAGGUCUGACAGAUAGAUUAACUGAGGCCCAGAUCUUUGACUACAGUGAGAUACCCAACUUUUCCCAAAGCACAGUGCCAGGCCAUGCUGGUCAGCUAGUGUUUGGGGUCCUGAAUGGCGUAACCUGUGUGAUGAUGAAGGGCAGGUUCCACAUGUAUGAAGGGUACCCACUCUGGAAGGUGACAUUCCCAGUAAGGGUAUUCCGGCUUUUGGGUGUGGAUACCUUGGUGGUCACCAAUGCAGCUGGAGGGCUUAAUCCCAAGUUCGAGGUUGGAGAUAUCAUGUUGAUCCGUGAUCACAUCAACUUCCCUGGCUUCUGUGGUCAGAACCCUCUUCAGGGGCCCAAUGAUGAAAGGUUUGGAGUCCGUUUCCCUGCCAUGUCUGAUGCUUAUGACCGGAAUAUGAGGCAGAAGGCCUUCAGUGCCUGGAAACAGAUGGGGGAGCAGCGAGAGCUACAGGAAGGCACCUAUGUGAUGUUGGCGGGCCCCAGCUUUGAGACAAUAGCGGAGUGUCGUCUGCUGCAGAGGCUGGGGGCGGAUGCUGUUGGCAUGAGCACAGUGCCAGAAGUUAUAGUUGCACGGCACUGUGGUCUUCGAGUGUUUGGCUUCUCACUCAUCACUAACAAGGUCAUCCUGGAUUAUGAAAACAUGGGGAAGGCCAAUCAUGAGGAAGUGCUAGAGGCUGGGAAGCAAGCUGCACAGAAAUUGGAACAGUUUGUCUCCAUUCUCAUAGCCAGCAUUCCGUUCCCUGACAAAACCAGCUGACCAUUGCUCGAGUGGUCCGGUGCUCCCCUGAUGGCAUCCAAAUAGCUUCUAGCUACUUUGGCCUCUUGCUGGGUGCCUGUGCCUCUGUCCUUAGGAAGUCACAAAAAGGAAAGAGGAAGCCGCUAACCUCCACCUUCCCCACUUCCCCUCACUAGACAUUCCAGUACCAAGUCCUCUUGCUCAGUUGCCUUCUCAAAGCAGCUUGUUUGAACCUCUAUUCUUCUGUGAGUGCUGGAGCCUAUGCCCUAGCUGGGGGUCUGCCCCAUAAUUUGAUAUAUGCCCUUGAACUUUGGGAGGUGAUGCCCUCAUGGUCUUGGGGACUCAGUUCUGAUUCACUUGGCGACCAAACAAAAACCAGCACCAUACCUCUUGGACUUUAACACCAUCAUAUUUUGAGAAUAAAGAGAUGAAAUAAUUUGUUCAUUUUUGGAGUACAAUUUGGGAUGAGGCUGGGCAUACACCUAGACUGGCAUGAAAAGCCCUGAGACCAUGUGCUUUGUGUGACUGCUUUGCAGACAAGUAGCCGAGGACUGAGAUGAGGAGGUCUGUGAGCAGCAGAGGAUGAAGAAAAGGCAAAAUGAUGAACAAUGUUACAAGAUGAGGAAGGGCAACUUCUGGUCCUUGUGACCACUUCUGCCUCUCAGUCCAGUCUUGCCUCUGUCACUUGCCUUCUGAUGAUUUCACUCCCUGAUACUCUCAUGAACAUCUGAAUUUUACUGACCUCAGUUUCUGCUCGUGAGUCGCCACUUAUUAAGACCCUAGUUAGUUUUUUCCUUGCAUUUCUUCCUUCCUCCUCUCUAAUUCUGAGUCAUACUCUCCUCCAUUCCAUCCUGACAAUGCAGAGGCAAGUACCCUUUUGUCUGCUGCCAGCCACCCCGCUGCUGGCUAGCUCCCUCCUGCCAACCCGAGCAACCCAGUGGAGUUGUUCGUAAUCAAUUUCUCUUUAAGCAGUUCCUAUCCUGCCACUUUCUGGGCUCCAGUCUCACUUUUGCUUGAUCAGAACCUCCCUGUGACACUGCAUUCAGACAUUGCUUUUUGUUGGCUCAUUAUACUGUCUUUGCUUAUCAACUUGCAUUCAGCUUGCCGCACUGCUCUCCUAUGCCUAUGUGCUUUUUAAGAAAAGGCAGUGCUGGAUGAACCUCUUAUGAUGAUGAUAUCUCAGUUGUCAGUGGUAUAAUAUGGAAGAGAUAUUUUGAUGACAGGAAGCUUUUGAGAACUCUUUCAAAUUAUCCUUUGUUUGG